GUUGUUGCUCUACCCGCAGACCGACUUCCGGCUCGACGUGCUGCCCGACCUGUCGCUCCUUGAAAUCCUCUGGUACCUACCCUUAAAGGACCUGGUGGCCGCCGGGCGCGCCAGCCCCCGCCUCUGCGCGCUGACCAGGACCAAGAUGCGCCUCUGGCAGACCGAGGACACGCUCGCGCUCAAGAAUUACAAUGACAUCUGCGACGUGUUGGCUGUGGCCCCUCCCGUGGACAUAUUGGCUGUGGCGCCGGCGGCGCCGGCGCUGGAUCCGUUGGCGGGGAAGUUGACCGUGGUUCCAGACGACGCCGCCAACACCACAGGCCUCUCACGAAAGCUUGUACUGUUCACUCGGGGUUGCGUACUGGCCGAGAGUGUCGACAGCCUCAUCAGGGAAGUCGCGCAGACGGUCAAGCGUCUCGAAGUCGACGCGGAGCUCGCUUGGAUUUUCACCUCAUUGCAGGAGGCCAACUGGUCUAAGCUGGAGCACCUGCAAAUAUCAGCGCAAGAGCUUGUUCCAGGGGGAGUGACGGGCGCAGUGGGAAACUUACUGUGGCCACAGGACGUGGUGUUGCCCAGGCUGCAAACCGUCGUGGUGGAGCCCCUUUACUUCGAGUACUCGGACACCCAUCGUCUGUUUGACAUUUCUGUCGAACACUUUGCGGCGCUCGAGUCGCUGCUGCGAGCUCACCGUGAACAGCUGGACUGUGUGAAGCUGUGUCUGUCGCAACUUCUUCCCCUUGUGGAGGCGUGCUCGAGCGACCUACACCGACUGGAAGUCGAAAUAGCAGACAACGACGACGUUGCAGUGCUGCGACGGAUGCGUGGGCUGAAGCAGCUCAAGAUCGGCGUGGACCAUCUUUAUCCCGAUUUUAAGCUGACAGAUUUGCUGAGGUGCUGGGUGGGACCCCUCGAGCACCUCGUCCUUCAAGACAUGAUCCAUGAGACGGUCGUGCACGCCCUGGGCGCGGGCGCGCUCAAGAGGCUCCUGUUUUUGGUGAUUUGGUCGGAUUGGGAUGAUGAUACGAUCAGGGGAACACCGGGACCCCUUCGCCACCUGCCGGAGGCGUUGGCAGGGCUGCCCCGCUUGCGUUCGCUCGCCCUGCAGGUGCCGUUGCACGUGGUGCUCCCCGACAUCACCCCCGCCUCCAUCGCCGCCCUGGAGCUGCUUAUCGUCGCGUGCGAAUGUGCAAAGUCUCGGUGUCGGUGCGCAGGAUGCUCGGGAGCCGGCCAGCUGCCCCGGCGGCUCCAGGACCUGGUUCGCUGCGCCCCCUUAUCAUCGCUCCACGUACUGUUUUUAAGCGCCGAUCGGAGAACACACCAGAUCUACUUCAGGCACUCCGCAUCAGAGUCGGGCUGUGCGUUGUGCGCAGAGGCUUUCGAUGUCUUGAUGUGCCACUUGAGGAUCUUCGACGAUAAACCGGACGGCAAGCCGCAGGGCAUCCCAGUCAUCAGCUAGGCUCCACACCGGACAAGUCUCCCAAGUCCCCAGCCUGGCACUCCAAGCAGCUUCCAUUCCCCGAACCGUUAUUUGGGCGAUCCAGUGGCGGAGUUAAGCUGAUUGGAUGUGCCUUUGACAACUUUAAGUUACUCUAUUUGUUUUUGUUUUUUAUUUAUUUAUGAAAUAUGUUUAUUGCAGUCUAGUUUCACAAUACACUUCAAUUCGGAGGGUGAAAUGCUUAAAACA